AUGGCUACAGACUUCUGGGCUGGCUACAUUAGUGGAGCCAUUGGGAUCAUCAUCGGCAAUCCCCUUGAUGUCAUCAAAGUCCGGCUACAGGCAGGAAGUUCGCACACAGAUGUAACAUCCUCAAAUCUAAGCCGUCUUGAAAGGGCAAGCUCUCUUGUUCGAGGCGCUGCCGCUCCGAUAUUAGGUUAUGGAGCUCUCAAUGCGCUUCUUUUCGUUGCUUAUAACCGAUCCUUAACAGCAUUGGACGGGUCUGUAACAGAUCCCACCAAUCCUGUGGGCGUUUCACCGUACAAAAUCUGGCUGGCGGGUGCCGCAGGCGGACUGGCCAGUUGGACCAUCUCGUCCCCAACGGAGUUCAUCAAAUGUCGGGCCCAGCUGGAUCCUCGGCCAGAGGUCUCCUCGUGGGCGGUGGCCAAGGACAUCCUUCGGACACGCGGCUGGAAGGGUCUUUACUUUGGGGGCGGCAUUACUAGCGCGAGGGAUUCAAUUGGUUAUGGAUUCUAUUUCUGGUCCUAUGAACUUUGCAAACGAUUUAUGACAUCUGACGAUGAUGGCUCGCACCAGGCCGCGAUGAAGAUUUUACUUUGCGGUGGUAUUGCAGGUGUUGUUACCUGGGCUUCGGUUUUCCCUUUGGAUAUGAUCAAGACACGACUACAGGCACAGACUAUUGCAGAUCAUUCACUCGGAGCAACUGAGGGCCAGUCUCUACUACGACCGCAGCGCCAACCAUUGAGUACGUUCCAAAUUGCAAAAGAGAUUUACCAUGCCGAGGGUAUCAAGCCGUUCUACCGUGGCCUUGGAAUCUGCAGUGUCAGAGCGUUCAUUGUGAAUGCCGUUCAGUGGGCGGCUUAUGAAUGGCUGAUGAAGAGCUUUACUCAAUCCUGGGGCGCCCAGGUGAAAGCCCAAGAGCCCAUGACCGGUCUGUAG